GUGGUCAGGGAACUGCUCGCUGAGCACGUACAGCUGCGCACUGCUGUCAGAGCGUCCGAUCCGCAGCUCGGCCCCCAGCCCGCUGCCCAGGAUGAUUUCAGCAGUGGUCUUGCUCUUACUCCUUUUGGUUGGACAAGCAGAGGCCCUGGGAGAGCCUCAGCUCUGCUAUGUCCUGGACGCGAUCCUAUUUUUGUACGGCAUCGUUCUCACUCUGCUCUACUGUCGACUCAAGAUCCAGAUGCGAAAGGCAGUAGCCAGCUAUGAGAAGUCAGAUGCCAUUUACACGGGCCUGAGCACCCGGAACCAGGAGACGUAUGCGACCCUGAAGCACGAGAAACCACAACAGUAGCUUUAAAAUGGAUACCCUUGGUGACAUUCUUCUUCUGCCCUAGUCCUCCUCCCAUCAUAUGUGGUUGGCAUCCACAUAUGCUCCCCUCCCUUGCAGUGAAUGCCACCUGACUCCACUCCUGUAAUGACACUUGCCCCUCAUUAAUAUUCACCAAUGGAACCUCCUGCCUGUCAAAGACUUAUGUUCAAAUGCUAUUCAUUAACAUCCUAGUCUAGCCCCCUUGCCCUAAUCUUCUCUUCCUCCCCAUCCUCUUUUACGGAGCAAUGUCAUGAGAGUUCCUCCAAUAAAGCCAGCACAGUCUGGAUUCUAUUCAUUCA